AUGGUCCAGCAUAUGUCACAGGGCGUCCCUGUCCCAACUUAUACAGGAGUUGGUGACAUCGAGAGCUUUAUGGAGCGAUUGGAAUGUUAUUGCGAUUUGAUAAAGACUCCAGAGGAAAGCAAGAUUGCGCUUCUACUUUGCGGAUUAACUGCGGGGCAGUAUGAAACAUUGAGGGAUCUAGUGUCGCCCGAAGUACCUAAAACGGUGGAAUUCAAAGUCCUCAAGGAAAAGUUAGUGGAUCAUUAUGGUUCCGUGCGGAAUACGCGAUUUGAGAGGACGAAAUUCCGUGUAGUAAAGAGGGAAGAAAACAAAAGUGUGGCGGUUUUUGAGGUAAGAUUGCGGAAUGCAAUCCGACAUUGCGGAUUUACCGGCGAGACUUUAAACGAGAACCUCGUUGAACAGUUUAUAUCUGGUAUAAACUACAGUGGCAUAGAGCGGAAACUUUUGCAGAAGGGGAACGACCUAACUUUGGCCCAGGCGAUUCAGUUGGCAAACACGUUUUUGCUGUUUGAAGAUUCAGCACGUGGAGGAAAAGUCGACACACCCCCAGUCGAACAGCAAAGUGGAAUUUCCAACGUAAAGUCCGAAGUAGAGUGCUAUCGCUGUGGAAGAAAAGGGCACCGGUCCAGCGACAAGGUCUGUAAAGCAUUGGGAAAGAAAUGCAACAACUGUGGAGUCGUAGGACAUUUUGCAAAGUCGAAAUUUUUCAAAGGAGAAAUUCGAAAUCUCAUGCUGUGCGUGGACGAGGACAUGGCCGUGCGCGACGAAGCGGUGGAAUUCAAUACCAGAUAA